CUGGGCAUCCUGGCUUGGCAACCUGGACCUGGUAAAGAGCAACAGAUGUACUUUGGGACUAAACAUACCUAUACUAUAUUGUUCGAUUAUUCCCGUAUUUUACAAAAAGAAAAAUGGUAGAUUUCAAUCAGAUAUAUAUAACGACCGCAUUAUGUGUUCGUUGUUAAUCGCAAGGCACGUACAGCGCGUGCAGCAAGCAUCGACUGUCAGUAUGGCGACGCGACUUCUACUUCUCCUGGUCUCUGCUGGAGUUAUCGACUAUGUCAUUGCAAAUUGUGUCUUGGAUCUCCAAAAAGACUUCGACACCAAAAAUCCUCCGCCAGUAUUCUUAACAAACGACGCAUACAUGGCGCCAGACGUGAAUGCUUGUGGUGUCAUUUUGUCAGCGCAACAAAAAAUUCUCAUCGGCUGUCCAGGAGCGAAGAACGCUAUCGUGUACACCAGUAACAAUCAAAAGAUCCAGACAAACCUUCGAGCACUGGAAGCGACUUGCGACAGCGGUAGCAACUUUAAAUCUUCUGACAAUACUUUAAAGCAAUUCGCUCUGAAAGAGAUAUCAUGCAAAGAACAACCUGAAGUAACGAUAACAAAAACAACAAAAUGUGGCAGAAAUAAUCUAUACCAGAAUUACGGUGGAGGAUACAACGUCGGGAAUAAGUUCUACCCGUUGUACGAAGCCUGUUUCGAUGAAAACAUCUUUACUACCUACUUCGUAAAGCACUAUAUCCAUCCUUACUCUUGCGAGACGCAACAGACGGACAAGUCACCAGGUUUUCAGGUGAAUGGCAUGUUCAAAGGAGUUUCAAUGACUAAGCUGUACACAGGGGCCGAACAGACUAAGAGGUUUGCACAAAUAUUCGGCCCCAAACAGGGAGACGUGUACACUAAGAAUAACGUGCUACAUAAAGGGCACCUGGCGAGUCGCGCGGACUUCACCCUGGCCGCGGAGCUGCGGGCCUCGUACCAGUACAUCAACGCGGCUCCCCAGUGGGACAAGGUCAACGCGCCACGCUGGUCCAAUUUGGAACGAGCGCUCCGAGUGUACGUGAACCAGAAGGCGAAAACAACAGUGACGGUGUACACAGGGACUCAUGGGGUCCUCAUGCUGCCCGACGAGAGGGGCUCCAACAAGCCGGUGUACCUAGCCACUGUGUCCAGAAGCAAUGCAGUUCCAGUGCCCCUGUACUUCUACAAGGUGGUGGUUGAAUCCGGCAAGAGGACUGUUGCGUACGUCACCAUCAACUCUGUCUUCUACACCCCCACUCAAAUACAAACUCUUCGUUUCUGCACUGACUUGUGCGACGGCACACACUGGCUCACAUGGAAGGACAAGGGGAUCGAAAGCUUCUGCUGUGACUACAACGACUUCAAAAGAGAAGUCGGCUAUUUACCGAUAUAAGUACUUUAAGUACUCGAUAAAAUUUAUAUAUACUGUAUUCCUUUUUUCUAUAAGUGAGAUUAAAUUUUACAAGGAGAUCAAAAGUUAAGUAUGAGUGAUGUAUCAUUAUAAUAGAAACUGAUUAUAACAUGACAAACAUUUUUCA